UGUUUAGGGAGUAAAAAAAGAAAAUGAAAGGGGCACUAAACCAACCAACCACCAAGCCUUAACCGAACCGGAACCAGAGGACUCAACGUGAACCGGAACCGGAUGCUGCAGAUUCCUUCAUCUCCUUUCGCUUCCUCAAAACUUCACAGCAUCAUCUAUCUGCAUGGGAUUGCCUCUCACAGAUGGUGUGAAUCCAGAAAAAGAAUGCAAUCUCUCACUGUAACUCGGUACCUGACUCCAGUUUUCCCGCCAAAGCCUGUCCUUUUGCCGCAAAGAUCGCCGCUUCCUGUCCUCCCUGUCCCGACCACCUGCAACCGCCGUCCGGCGAUGGCGUCCCGCCGUGUUUCAGAUUCCGUGAAGUCCCUCGCCGCCGGUGGUCCGUCAUCGACUUCGGCCGGAGAUGAUGGGUACCCUUCUCUCGUGGAGUUUGUAGGUAAAGGAGGAGAAGGGAGGGAUGUGAGAGAUGAUCUUGUGGUUCUCAUUUACCACAUACAACAUGCCUGCAAGAAAAUUUCUUCUCUUGUGGCUUCUCCUUUCAACUCCUCUCUUGGGAAACAGCCUCUUACCUCCGGUGAUGGCUCUGGUGGAUCUGGCCGAGAUGCUCCUAAGCCACUCGAUAUUGUUUCGAACGAUAUCAUCUUAUCCUCUCUCAGAAGCUCUGGGAAGGUGGCUGUCAUGGCUUCAGAAGAGGAUGAUGCCCCCGUCUGGAUAAAGGAUGACGGCCCUUACGUUGUGGUUGUAGAUCCUCUGGAUGGUUCCAGAAACAUCGAUGCUUCUAUACCCACCGGAACCAUAUUCGGCAUUUACAAUCGUCUUGUUGAACUCGAUUAUUUACCUGUAGAGGAGAAAGCACAGCUCAAUUCUCUACAGAGCGGCAGCAGGCUUGUGGCUUCCGGGUACGUGCUCUAUUCUUCCGCCACUAUCCUCUGCCUUAGCCUUGGCUCUGGAACACACGCCUUCACGCUAGAUCAUUCCACCGGGGAGUUUAUUCUUACUCAUCAAAACAUCAAGAUUCCUCCCCGAGGACAAAUCUACUCAGUCAACGAUGCUCGAUACUUUGACUGGCCGGAAGGUCUGAGGAAGUACAUCGACACUGUGAGACAGGGCAAAGGCCAGAACCCGAAGAAGUACUCGGCUCGUUACAUAUGUUCUCUUGUUGCUGAUCUUCACAGGACUCUCCUCUAUGGCGGCAUAGCAAUGAACCCGAGAGAUCAUCUCCGUCUGGUGUACGAGGGAAACCCGUUGGCCUUUCUGGUGGAGCAAGCCGAUGGGAGAGCCUCUGAUGGAAAAAGCGGGUUACUUUCCAUUCAGCCGGUGAAGCUUCACCAGAGGCUACCUCUGUUUCUUGGCAGCAUUGAAGACGUGAUGGAGCUUGAGAGCUACGGAGAUGUUCAACAGACUGUGAACCCUGGCUAUGAUGUUUGAUUCACUUCCCCUUUGUUUCAUGUUUAGCUUAACAAACAAACUGUAUAGUUAUGUGAAUAUAGAGAUGUUGUUUAUGUAACAUUUGAAUCCAUUCCAUAUGUCUAAGUUGCUUUUAUUAUUAA